CAAACCAAUUAUUAGACCACAACGAGCGAGGCUUCCGAGUUCCAAGCGAGCUGAGCGAUGGCAGGAGAUGUGGAGACGAUGGUGGCCGUGGGCCUAGUCUGGGGCGCCACCAAUGCUCUCAUGCGCCGGGGCGCCCAACUCUCCGAUCGCAACCUCCGCGCCCACCCACCCUCCAAUCGCCUCCUCCAAUGGCUGCAUCUCCUCCUCACUUGGCAGUACUCCCUCCCCUUCUUCAUCAACCUCUCAGCCUCAGCCGCCUUCUUCCAUACCCUCCGUGAUUCUCCCAUCUCCCUCGCCGUCCCCGUCACCAAUGCCACCACCUUUGCCGCUACCGCCGCUGCUGCUUAUCUCCUUGGCGAGGAGAUGAGGGUCGGGCUCGCCGUUAUUGAAUACUUCAAAGUACAUUGCUGCAGGACUGUUGCCAUGGAACCAUCAUCUGAGACUUUAUUUCUACAUUAUAGAAUUCAAAGAAGUAAAUACCUGAAACUCUAUUGAGAACAAGAGCAAGGUUUUCACCGU